UGAAGCCCAGCCCCUUUCUGCCUUAUGCCUCAGGACUCUUACACGAGAUCAUGACUGUCAUGCAGAGGGCCCACUGUCCCUCUGCUGAAGCUAGAGAGCUCUACAGCCUCCUCAGCUCACCACACAUCCAGGCCCUCUUGUCAUCCCAUGACAGCGUAGCCCAGUCAGACUACGGACCUGUUUUACCCCCUCUGCCUGAUGAGUUGCCUGAGGACGAGGAGGCCAUGAGGAUUGUUUGUCUGGUGAAGAAUAAUCAGCCAUUGGGGGCGACUAUAAGAAGGGACGAGGAGACAGGAGAGAUCUACAUCGCCAGGGUGAUUCAUGGAGGACUGGCCGACCGCAGUGGACUCCUCCAUCCUGGUGAUCUGUUAGUAGAGGUGAACGGAAACCCAGUGGUAGGACUGGAGCCAGAACAGGUCAUCCAGAUACUGAUCAAUUCCCAAGGCACUAUCCUGUUUAAAGUCAUUCCAAAUGCAGCUCAGACCAGCAGCAGCCAGAAACCGGUGUACAUGAGGGCGAUGGUGGAUUACUGCCCCCUGCAGGACUCCUCCAUCCCUUGUCCUGAUGCAGGAAUGGCGUUUAGCAGAGGAGACCUGCUGGAGGUGGUUGACCAGUCGGAUGGACAGUGGUGGCAAGCCAGGAAGCUGUACUGUCCUAUGUCCUACGCUGGUCUGAUUCCUUCCGCCAGCAUGCUGAAGAGACAGAGGGAACUGUGGUGGUGUCAGCCAUUACAGGUUCAUACCUGUAUCAGACCAUUGACCUUGGCUGAUAAUGAGGACGACCUUACACAAGCUGACGACAAACUCACCAUAGCAGAUCACGAAAAAAAUUAUUUUGAUGAGAAUGACUCUGAUAUUAUGGAUGGAAUCUAUCUUGCUGGUUUCCGUCGCAGUUUCCGCCUUUGGAGGAGGACGUCCUAUAGGAGGAGACGGCAGUCCUGCACCUCCUGCUCACCCAGCAGCAGUGCUCUGUCCACCCCAUACGAGGAGGUUGCUUUGUACCAGCGCCCCCCACAGGAGAAUCACCGCCUCAUCAUACUCGUCGGCGCUUCAGGAGUUGGAGUUAAUGAACUGAGGAAAAGACUCAUCAAACUCAACCCUUCGACUUUCCAGGGACCACUACCUCACACCACUCGUCCAAUCAGAGCAGAGGAGCAAACAGGAAGAGAAUACCACUUUGUCACCAAAGAGCUGUUUGAGUACAUGGUCUGUAACCACAGGUUUGUGGAGUAUGGGGAGUAUAAGGGUCAUCUGUACGGGACCAGCACUGACGCCAUUGACGAAGUGCUAAAGCGAGGACGGAUGUGCAUCAUCGAUGUUGAACCACACUGCAUCCAGCCACUUCGGGCAAGGAAACUGAAGCCCUAUGUGAUCUUCAUCAAAGCUCCCAGCCCGGACAGACUGAGGCAGACUCGAAGAGAUGCCCGUAUCAUCACCAACUACACCAUCAGCAGAGCAUUCAAAGAAGAUGACUUUGUGGAGCUGGAGGAGGCAUCCCGGCUGAUGGAGGCGAAGUACAAACAGUUCUUCGACAGUGUGCUGGUGAACGACGACCUGCAGGAUGCCUGCAUGCAGCUCUGCUCCAUCAUGCAGCAGGCACAGGACGAACCACAGUGGAUACCUGUCAGCUGGACCCGAAUGGAGGAGUAGAGCAGAAGAGGAGAGGAAAGGAGAGGAGGAGAAGAAAGGGGGAAAUGUGGGAAGAAGAUGAAGGAAAAUAUUUGACAAAAGUGGAGAGGGAGUUACAAGUAUUGGAUAACUGGAUAGAAUAAGAGACAAAGUGAAAUGAGGACAUGUAGGGACAGAGGGGAGGAAGAUAAAGAACAAGGAGAGGCAAAUCAAAGAGAAGAAAAUACGAAGAAAUGAGGUUGAAAGGGGAGAAUACUAAGUGAAAUAAAAACAGAUGGAAAGCGGUUAGAGAAGGGGAGAUGCAAUGUGUAGAGAGAAGACUUGAAUUUGGAGAUUAAGAAGAAGUUUAUGGCAUAAUGGAGAGAAGAGGGAAACUGAUGGGUUCGGGAGAACCUAAGAGGAACUUUUCCCAGCUUGUCUUUGGGAUUUGCUCCCAAAUUCUUAAGUAAUAUGGAAUUUAAGUUAUAUCAAUAUCUUUUCUGAGGCAGAGCAAUUUUUGAGGAAGAAAUAAUAUCACUGGUUGAGAUUACCCCUGGGCAGAAUCAAAAAAGCAUAUUUUUCACAGCACAAGCUAACUGAAUGGAAAAGAAGGAACAAAGAAGAAAGGAUAGUAUAAGGAAAUCUAAAUUGUCUCUAUAUUCAUUCACAAUGUUGGCAGAAAACCAGGCUAAAUAAGUAGCUACUAACUACCUUAAUUUACAAGGUAACCUCAGGCUAAAAGAAAGCACAGGUAAAGCCUAUUAAAGCCCAUUGAUUAAAGUCUUUCUGUUGUCUCACGUUAUAGUAUCUCACAUCUUCCGUUAAAAGCUGCACUUUAAGUUAAAAUUCUCAGGAUUUUCAGGUAAUCUAACCUCCUAUUUAUGGUCUGCCUUUUUUCAGGAAUUUUGCAUCUUGUAAUUGCCUCUCUAUGAAGUUGUUUUCAUUGUUAGCGGUGGAAUCCGCCAUUCUCAUGCAGGAUUCAAACCGCAUUCCCACGUGCAAGAUUCACAGGAAAUAAUGCAGCAUAUAAUCCAGAGUUACUGUUUGUAAUUUGAUCUCAGUGAUAUCUGGCUCACUGUUCACUCUCCUACAAGUGUAUCAGAGCUGUAUGAGGUUGCUCUUAAUGCUAACCCAACAUUGCCCAAUGUCAAAUAUGGCCAAAUAUGAGGGGGCUUUUGGGGUCGUCUUGGUUGUGAGAUGAUUAAUGGGGUAGAAAAAGAAGAAAAAUAAAAUUCUGCAACACAAAUGUAUCCAUUCUGGACUCUCUGCUGUUUUUUGCUAAAUAUCAGAUAAUUUUACCACUUUGAGCCUUGAACAGUUAUUCAUAUGAAACCAUAUGGGGUAUCUAGAGGGGAAAAUCACUCUGUUUGAAAUGCUAACAAAUCAUAGCAAGCCGAGAAAGACCCCAGCUAGACCUGUUUUUUUUGUACAAUACAAAAGAGGUUGGGAACCACUUUGCUUGUUAGGUAGAAUGAAAGUGGAUGUGUAUAUAUCUGUGAUAAUUAAAGAUUGAGAUAAAAUCAUAA